GACGUGACGUACGCGCCCCCUGCCUGGGCGCCUCCCCCGCCGCCGGACCCCGCCCCGCACUCGGCUCCGGCUCCGGCUCCGCGCGGCGGCGCCCCGAGGAAGAGCGGCGGAGGGCCGGGUACCGCUCGCACCGCGCUCGCCGGGGAGGAAGCGCCGGCGCCCUCGGCCAGCCAGGGGCUCCUCCGCGGCCGCCCUGGUUCUCGCAGCCUGCUGGUCCGAUGCUGCCCCAGGGGGCAGGGCCCCGCCAUGGAGAGCCGUGAUGGAGGCUGCCCUGAGUGCCCGCCUCCGCCUCCGCUUGCGCCUGCGGCGGCUGCUGCUGCUGCUGCUGCUCCUCCCCCCUCCCCCCGGCAGGUGCGCUUCGGGGGUGAAGACCAAGCACUGCUCAGCGGCCCACUGCCCAGAGGCCCUGACUUGGGCCGUGCGCCUCACUGGCCCUGAAGAGGAGCUGGACUGGCUGGCCGAUGACCUGGCCCGGGAGGCCAGCCUGGUCAACGUCGGCCGGAUUGGCGAGCUGAAGGGCCACUACCUCUUGGCCUACCAGCCCAUCAGCUCCUCGAACCCAGGGCUAGGAGUGGUCCGGCAGGCCACCGAGGCGCUCUUCGCAGGGCACGCGGGCGUGGGAUGGCACGCGGCUCAGCGCCUCCUCAAGCGCUCAAAGCGCACCCUGCACUUUAAUGACCCCAAGUUCCCACAGCAAUGGCACCUGGACAAUCGCAAGAGGCCCGGGAUGGACGUCAAUGUGACGGGUGUGUGGGAGCGGAACGUGACGGGCCAGGGGGUGACGGUGGUGGUUGUGGAUGACGGCGUGGAACACACCAUCAAGGACAUACAGCCCAACUACAGCCCGGAAGGCAGCUACGACUUGAACUCCAACGACCCAGACCCCAUGCCCCACCCCGACGAGGAGAACGGCAACCGCCACGGGACCCGCUGCGCUGGGGAAAUUGCGGCUGUCUCCAACAACAGCUUCUGCGCCGUGGGCGUUGCCUACGGCAGCCGGAUUGCAGGGAUCCGCGUGCUGGACGGCCCACUCACGGACAGCCUGGAGGCGAUUGCUUUCAACAAGCACUACCAGAUCAACGACAUCUACAGUUGCAGCUGGGGCCCAGAUGACGAUGGCAAAACAGUGGACGGCCCCCACCAGCUUGGGAAGGCUGCCUUGCAGCAUGGUGUGAUUGCUGGCCGGCGAGGCUUUGGUAGCAUCUUUGUGGUAGCAAGUGGCAAUGGAGGGCAUCACAACGACAACUGCAACUAUGACGGCUACGCCAACUCCAUCUACACAGUCACCAUCGGCGCCGUGGAUGAGAUGGGUUACAAGCCGUUCUACGCCGAGGAGUGCGCCUCCAUGCUGGCUGUGACCUUCAGUGGGGGCGACAAGUUGAUGAGGAGCAUUGCAACCACAGACUGGGAUUUGCAGAGGGGGACGGGCUGCACAGAAGGGCACACGGGCACCUCUGCUGCGGCCCCCUUGGCUGCCGGCCUGAUUGCCCUCAUGCUGCAGGUGCGCCCCUGCCUCACCUGGAGGGACGUCCAACACAUCAUAGUCUUCACAGCCACCAAGUAUGAAGACCAUCGUGCUCAGUGGGACAUCAACCAGGCUGGGCUGAGCCACAGUCACCAGCAUGGAUUUGGACUGCUGAAUGCUUGGCGAUUGGUCAAUGCAGCUAAGGUCUGGGAGUCUGUCCCAUACUUGGCAUCCUACGUCAGCCCCCUUUUGAAGGAGAGCAGAGCCAUUCCCCUGGACCCAGGGCAGCUGGAAGCCACAUGGAACGUCACAGAAGCUGACCUGGAGCUGUCAGGCUUGAAGACGCUGGAGCACGUGGCAGUGACUGUGAGCAUCACCCACCCUCGCCGUGGCAAUCUGGAGAUCCACCUCCUCUGCCCCAGCGGCAUGGAUUCCCUGAUUGGGACGGCACGCAGCAUGGACUCAGAUCCCACUGGCUUUGUGGACUGGACGUUCUCAACUGUGCGCUGCUGGGGCGAGGAGGCCCAGGGCACCUACCGGCUCAUGAUCCACGACAUCGGGGAUGAGAUGCUGAGAGCAGGCAGGCUGGAUCAGUGGCAGCUGACCCUCUACGGCUCAUCAUGGACCCCUAUGCAGAUCCAGGAGCGACAGAGGCUGCUGGAGAAGGCGAUGAGUGGUCAGUUCCUAAACAAGGACUUUGUCUUGCCUUGUCCCCUGGGCCUCCGGAUCCCCGAGCAGGAGCCCUAUGCCAUCACUGCCAACACCCUCAAGACCCUGAUGCUGCUUGGCUGCUUUGCUGUCUUCUGGACCUUCUAUUACAUGCUUGAAAUAUUCCUGACGUGCAACAACGUGGCCUUCAACCUCCCAGCCCGCAGCCGCCGGGCUGCAAAGAGCCCGGAAGACUCAGCUGUGAUGGAGGACACUGUACCCCUGUGCAAGGAAGCAGAGGCCGAGGUUGGAGCCGAGCAGCUGCCCCCGGACCUGCGAGGCCUCGAGGAAGGCUGGGGAUCUCAAGGCCCUCACUGGGGAGAGAAUUGCUAAACCUCCUGGAGCAGGAGCAGUCUACCUCGGCCAUGGCUUGCUGAGAAUGCUAGUGCUGCCGCCUCCUGCUUCAGAGCUCAGCUGAGAGGCCUCCCCUGUCCCAGAGCAGCUCAGUUUUUCUCUGGCCCCCUUGGCUGUGCUUGUCCCCUCUUCCCCACGCAUCAGGCCAGAGGGGAUUCCUGGGCCCCAGCUGGCCAGCGUGGGGGCAAGAAGACUGGGCUGGUGGAGGAUGAGAGGCGUCCAGCGUGCAGGCACAGAGGAGAGGGGCUGUGCAAGCCUGAAUGGGGCUGUGGCUGUGAACUGGGUCCAUGGAGCACCCCGGUGUGCCACUUCUCGCCCAUGCUACCUGGCAGGCCCUGGUCUUGCCAACCCGCUGCCUUAUCCCACUUCUCCUUCCGGCCAGCUGUGCCUCCUGCCUGGAACCCAGUCCGACUUUGCCAUAGACCCUGCGCUUGCCUCGCUCGUGGGAGCACCGCCAGCCGCUGCUGUGGGCCAGGGUGGGAGCCCUGCUCCGAGGGCGCUGGACGGGUUCUGCCACCGAGACUGCUGUGACCCACCUCCGUGAGUCUUUCUGGGGACUCUCCCAAAGCCAUCCUCUGGCUUGGAGAACGUUUGAGUGGUGAUUUUUCUGGUUUUGAACGAGCAGCAAUCAGAAUUCUUUUGCACUUUUCCAAAAUAAACCCAUGAAAAU